CACGUCUGCGGCAUGUUGCUGAGCAACGACAGAUUUAUCGGCGGCAAGAAACGACUACAAGGCUUUAGGGUUAAUUUCGAAUUGGUGCAGCAUGAGCCACAUGUGUGGCCGGUCUCUACCAGACAAAGGUAGAUUCUUAAACGUUUUCAACAAGCCGUUAAAAACAACAGAUAAAAACUGUUGCUCAGUGAACAGAUCAGCUGCAGGCUCCAAAUGUUCAAACCGAAACAGUAAGACUGAUGGGCAACACAGAAUAAAGCGCUUUAAGAGUCGCAAGGAGAGGAGCCAGAUGAGGAGUGGUGGUAAAGAAGCCUCAAGGUUAAAGUCACAUCACCAUCACUGUCAUCGGCAAAGCAGUAGAGACAUUACAUAUGUAUAUGAUCGCUGCUGUCAUAGUAGCUGUAAUUGUUCCUGUAGGCAAGAUGCACCUUUCCCAAAUGUUGUUCCAGCUGCACAGGAGCCCAGUAUCAUCACAGAAAGUCGCCUCAUAGGACACCAUGGGCUGUUUAACCAUGAGGUAAAAUCUAUCGACAUUGAACGCCUGUUGAGUAGGCAGAUGAAUGUGGAGAACAGUGGAGUGCGAGAAAAUAACAAUUCUACUUCACAUCCAUCUUCAGUAUCUCGCAAUCCCUUUCCAUUCUCCUGUGAUAAUAUGGUGGGUGCUGAGCCUGAGGAGGUUGUGACAAUAGACAGGGAAGCAGACUUUUCUCCAAAGGCCUAUGAUAAUUGUCAGGAAAAAGAAAAGCGUAUCAGUCAGGAGGCUGAUGUUACACAAGGACCAAAGACCAACCCUGUCACAAAAGAAAAGGGCAGUGAGCCACAGCUAACCCCCAUUGAUAGCAGAGAUAAUGUGAUGAAAUUAAAGAAGGUAGAGGGAACCAUGUUUUUUUCUCCAGAGAACACCCCAAAGAACCAGGAGUCACCUAUCCACCAAAUACAAUCCCAUGGUGUCAGCCAAACUCCACCUCAGCUCUCCAGCCCCCAUGCUGCACACAGCUCUGACUCUCAACACAGACCAGAUUCCAGCUCUUUGACUGAGUCUGUCUCUGCUGUGGUGACAAGUUUGUGUGGAUGUCUGCAGUUUCCACUUUUGAGGAGGAGAAACCUGGUGGCAGAGAGCAGGGAGGUGCUGCUAAAGGCUCUGAAGAAGAGGCAUGGAUCCCGGCUUCAGGAGAACCUCUUCAGACUGCAGCAAUGCCACAGCUUUGGAUCUGAUCAUUCCAAGAAAGACAAGGAGCAAGAGCUGACUAUGAUAGAAGAAGAUGAGCUCCAGCAAACAGAUUCAUUCUCAACAGUCUUUGAUGCCAGUAAGCCAUUUUUUGACACCCGGAAAACCAGAUCUCUCACCACAAAGGGAAGUGUGCAUUUUAACUUGAAAUCCAGUCCGCAGAUGGUCCAAAACAUGAGAAAGACAUCUGAGUGGUUCAGAGGGCCUGAGGAGACUUCUGCUCUUCUUUUGGAUGAUAACCUCAGACCUCCCUGCUCUCCUGAGUUUGGCAUGGACUUUAGGUGCUCUGGAAUCAGGGAUCAUUUAUUUGCUCCCUCUCCUACCUCAUGUUGGGGAGAAAAAUACCCACCCUCUCCCCUCUGGGGAGGACGUUCCAGCAGACCAGACGACAAAGAUUCUUUAAUGUUUGAUUUCUUUGAAAACGGCUUCUUGAGCCAAACAAGGGCUCCGGAUGGACCUCAAAACAGUAUCAGCAGAACCCCCAAGUUCUUAUCCUACCAAACACAGCUGCUAGAAAGACGUUCCACAGAGCCAAUUAAUUUUCCCCAAAAGCAAGACCUAUUUGAUACCGAAAGAUACUCUUUACCUCCCUCCCUCUCAUCCCAAAUGCUCAGUCCUGAGCGAAGCCAUAGCUUCCAGCCUUUCAGUCAACCUUCAAUUCACCCUCCUCUCAGGGCUCACCACACUGACAUGAUUCAUUACCCCCCAUCUCACAUGUUGGAAAAAGAGUCAGCACCUUCCCUUUCUACUCGCCUGAGCCCUGAGCACUGGUCCUUUCCUCCUAUGAGACUCUACUAAUGCAUGAGGAAGCUCUGCAUGGAUGCAUUUGUGGACAUUUUGUCAAAGAAAAACAAUGCUCUCUUAGUUUAUACCAUCCAGACUCAUAGUCAGCACAGAUAUUUUGAGUGCUUUAAUUUUACACAAAGAAGUCAAAGUAGUGGCAGAAUAUGUCUUUUGAAGCUUUAAACCAUUUUUACUCUUUGUUUACAUUUAUGGCAAGAUUAAGAAAAGCACAAUUAUGUUUGGUUUACAUCAUUGUAGCCUUUUUUUAAUAUGCAAAACUGUAAAUGUCACUUGUUCAUUGACACGGAUGCCAUGAUGGAGCUUAUUCACAGUGAGAUUUUUAGUCAAGACUGUGCUAUUUUGAAAGCUAUUUGAUAUUCUUUUGUGUAUGCAGACUUCAUUCGAACGUAGAAGAAUAUAUUAGUACAACAGUGCAAUUCAAACAUGCAUUGUAUAGUAAAGUAUAAACAAAAAAAAAAA